AUGGAUUGCACUUCUUGCAAUAACCAUCUUGACCACUUUCCUGCCAACUGUGGUGAUGUUAGUGAUGAACAAGGUGAACGAUUUCAUCAAGAUAUUAAGGAAAUGGAAACAAUAUCAAGGAAGAUGGGAUCCUCGGAUGAUGGCAGACUAUUGCUGGAGCACCAAAAAAUUUGGGGAGAAAAUGAAAUUCAAAAAGUAGAAAAACUGAUGUGUGUAAAUGGUGGUUUAUUUGGGCUAAGUCUAUCAGUCUACCAAUCUACUCCCAGAGCACUCUCAGUUGGCAAGUGGGAGCAGAGAUCUAUUUCCUUAACUACUGGAGCUCUCUCUGAGUUGGAACAGAAAACAACACAAAUGUACUGCUGGAGGCAAACUGCUGCAAGCAACCUCAGGUCAUGGGCCAGAGUCUCUUCACCUAGUGGUCCUGAAUCUUGGGUCGUGUGGUACGAUUGGUUUAGCACUGGUCACUCAGGUCACACCUGGAGUGGCAAGGGUUCGAGUCCGGUCAAAGUGAUUCCAGCUUGUGAAAGACUACACCUGUGCCGACAUGGAUACGCAGGGUUAUAUAACCACACCUGUAGAGGGUUUCAGCCAGAGUCCUCGAGCGAUCCAGUCUGCGAAGUAGUCCUCCUCCUCCUCCUCUACUCGAACACUCGCUCAGGUCCUCCUCGAAGAGCUCUCGCCAUGAGGGUCUUCUCCGUUGGGUUGGUGACGGCGACGCUGCUGUUCGCCUGGAGCGAUGCCAAUGCCAGGAUAACACCAAAGAGCAGGUUUAUCGGCUUUCGUCAAGUGACGCUGAACCCAGAUCAGGCUCAAACCUACUCCAAUGGUGGUGUUGGUCCCCGUCAGGUGACACUGAACCCAGAUCAGGCACAAACCUACCCCAAUGGUGGUGUUGGUCCCCGUCAAGUGACACUGAACCCAGAUCAAGCUCAGAACUACUCCAGUGGUGUUGGCCCGCGCAUGGAAGUGGCACCACAGUUUGAAAAUAGAGCUGCAGUAAAUUGCGGAUCUUACUACAUAGCCCCGGGUUCUUCCAAGACAUUCCAGUCAAAGAACUACCCCAGUAACUACCCUGGUGGCAAGAAGUGCACAUGGAAAUUCCGCACUUCUGUCGAUUCAAAGUUGAGCAUCCAGUGUAACGACUUCAAUAUGCAACAGUCAAGACAAUGCAGAAAGGAUUUCUUCCGGGUCACGGAUUCCUCUGGUUUUAAACAAAAAUACUGCGGUGCCAAGGGUUCUCUGAGCGUUUCUGAUAAAUCUAGGAGAGUUACUGUUUUGUUCAAAACAAACAGGAAGAAAUCUGAUACAGGAUUUUCCUGCUCUGUCAGAGCUUCAGUGCCAGACUCCCAAACAACUGUAGACCCUCAGCCAACUUCGGAAUGCACUGGAUGUGGACAAGUGAACCGUGCCAACCGCAUUGUUGGUGGAGUAGAGACGGAGGUGAACGAAUAUCCCUGGAUGGUUUCUCUUGUCAAUGGCAAUGGAUACUAUCACUUCUGUGGCGGUUCUAUCAUCUCCAGCCAAUGGGUCGUCACUGCAGCUCACUGUGCAGCUGUCAUGAGCACUUCGGAUUAUGUGUUGGUGGGAGACCACAAUCUGUACUCAUCAAGUGAUGCCAAUUCUCAGUGGAUGCAGAUUGCUGAAAUCGUGAGUCAUCCGUCCUAUGAUUCUAAUACACUGGACAACGACAUUGCCCUCAUCAGACUCACCACAGAAAUACAGUUCCCAUCUGACAACAAAAUCGCCCCUGUGUGCCUUCCAACAGCUGGUGAAAUGUAUGAUAAUGUGGAUGCCACAAUCACAGGAUGGGGAGCCCAACAGGAGGGAGGAUCCACAUCCGGCACCUUGUUCGAAGUUACAGUGCCCACCAUGACUAACACCGAAUGCAAUAACAAGUAUGGAGGAAGCAUCACUGACAACAUGAUCUGCGCAGGCAUUCCUGAGGGAGGCAAGGACUCCUGUCAGGGAGACUCUGGAGGACCAAUGGUAGUGGAAGAAAACGGCAAGUGGAAGCUGGUGGGAGUUGUGUCGUGGGGUAAUGGCUGUGCUCGACCUGAUAGGCCCGGAGUUUAUGCAAGAGUUACACAAUAUUUGCAAUGGAUUUCUGACUCUACAACCGGUGUCUGUGUUGAUGGGAACGCACCUGCUCCUACUAAUGCCCCGACGCCUGAUCCUACUUCUGAUUCUGACUGCCCUGGAUGUGGACAAGUGAACCGUGCCAACCGCAUUGUUGGUGGAGUAGAGACGGAGGUGAACGAAUAUCCCUGGAUGGUUUCUCUUGUCAACGGCAAUGGAUACUAUCACUUCUGUGGCGGUUCUAUCAUCUCCAGCCAAUGGGUCGUCACUGCAGCUCACUGUGCAGUUGUGUAA